CAUUGCUGGAGAGUGGGUGGGACGAAAUCAAACUGUUACACAACGUGUUAGAGGAGUAACAACUACAGAUUCACGCUUUACAGUUACAAUAUUAAACUAUUGUGACUUUUAGCGGAAUCAUGUAUCGGCGACACCUGCAGUCGGCCGUGAGACAUUUAUUAAACGCUUCAGCAUCGAGCUCUGUCUACGUAAAGGGCAUUGAGCAACAUGUGUAUCAAGUCAGGGCUUUGGUGGCAUGCCGGAUCACAGCGGGUGUCUUGAGUCAAUGCCGAGCUCUUCACUGUACGAGCAAGCUGUGUGCUGUCAAAGAGACCCCGCAGGCCACAGAGGAAGAGGUGGGGGCCUUCACCAGAUUGAUUGAGGCGAUGGGCUUCACUGGGCCGCUCAAAUAUAACAAAUGGAAAAUUAAGAUAGCUGCCUUGCGCAUGUACACAUGCUGCGUAGAGAGAAUCAACUACGACGAUUUUUUUGAAAAGUGCUCUCUGCCCGACACGCUCAACUCCUGGUUCCUGGUGGCACAGCUCCAUGUUUGGAUGUGUUUGGUCCGGAUGCGACAGGAAGGCAGGGCAGGGAAGUACAUGUGCCGUUACAUCGUCCACUCCAUGUGGGAGGAUGUGGAGCAGAGGAGCAAAAUCAUGGGGAUUGAUGCCGCUAACAGAAAAGAAAGCAUGAAGGCGAUGACCGAGACGUUCUACGCUGCUAUUUUUGGUUAUGAUGAGGGGAUUCUGUCGGACGAUAGCGUGUUGGCCGCAGCGCUCUGGAGGAACCUGUUCAACAGACAGUGUGAAGACCCCAGACAACUUGAACUGAUGGUUGAAUAUGUCCGCAAACAGAUGCAGUUCAUUGAUGCCCUUGAGUGCGAGGACCUUCUUUUAACAGGAGAAGUCAAAUGGCGCCCACUAGUGGAGGAAAAUGCACAGAGCAUCCUUAAAGUUGCCUCCCCGACUUACAACGAUACUGGCCUUUGAAAGUCAUCUCAAAGAAACUAGAAUACUACAGCUGCCCAUCAGGACACCAUCUACCAAUCAGGAAGCGGCACUCACCUGAUUAGCAACACCCCCUUUCCCUCUAUAGGUGUCUCUCUUACCUUUCCAGUUUUUCCCUGUGAGUUAGUUAACUUCCCACGGCAUUACAGCGUUGGGAAAACAUACAUACGUGCACACACAAACACACACGUGCACACUUUUUUACAUGUGCAUUGAGAGUAUUAAGGACUCCUUCUCUAUAUCUCUAAAAUAUUCUUGUAUUUAUGUCUUCCCUUACUGCUACACUGUUUGUAUUUAUCACAGGAUCGCUGACCCUUUCACUGUACAGUACUUCUCAAGGUUUUGGUGCAGACGGUUGUUUUUAUUUUGCUCUCAAUGUGUUCGAGUGUGCGAAAGUGUUUUUUUGUGUUUUUGUCGAAGUUGUCAACCAAUAAAAGCGCUUUGUAGGAAUGAGCUUUUCUUACCUCACAAAAAAAGGCUCUCUUUGUGCGUUUCAUCGCAACCUUUGCUUUGCUUUUUGGAGCAACACGAGAUGAAAUGUAUUUGUGUACAGAGUGGAAAUAUUACCAUACAGAUGCUGCAGAAUAUAAAGCAUCUUCUGUUCUUAGUAUGUAAAUUUAUAUUUUUAUCUACUAAGUCUAUGGAUCAACACAUUGCACAGGGAUUCAACUCUUUUUUAAAGUUUAACCUCCUCAUUAUAAAUUUUAAAAUGAGACUGAUGUGAUAAAAUCGUAACAAUGUUCAAUUGUAAUAUUUUCAAAAUAGACUUUUUUCCAAGCAACUUAAAAGAGAGAUGUAUAAAUGCUAUGCAACGAUAGUCCUUCCAUCGACAGGAUGUUUUAGAUAUUCUUUUCUUUAAAAUAUUUGUUGAAUUAAUGCAAGCAGCACAUUAUUCAACUUCUGUU